AUGCAUUUCUAUAACCUGUUUCGGCGGAAACUUUUGCUUUCAUUAAGUCGGCUUACAGGCAUCUACUCAACCACGUAUUUUGGUCUCGCCAUUUUCAUGUGUCGCCUGCUUGCUUUCGUAGACCUGGGAGGUUUUGUCGGUGUGCUUGAAUGCAAGGAAAUCCGCGACUAUCUGCUCUGGUCGCAAAUGAACACAUGUUGUCCAUCAAAUGUGUGUCUUGACCUGCAACCGGACAACCUCUGUCAGCCUCAUCAAGUUGUGCCAACUGUAUAUUUUACAGAAAGCCCACUCAGCCUGCAGACUCUACUCAACCGAAAGGAGGAAAGCGUCAACCGAAAAUGUUGCAUAGUCUGUAUUCUCAAAACUGACUCGGUAGAAAUUGACAACCGGUUUGGUAGGGAGGAAUAG